AUGUGUCACCGUGCGGUGUGUAUACAGGAAAAAAAAAAAAGUAAUGUAAAAAACAGCGACGAGGCGUCGUCUCGGCGGUUACGAUGUGACGAUGCGAUAGAGAGUCGAUCGCCGGCGGCCGGUACAUACACGUCCCGCGCCACUUGUCUUCCCGUCCUGCCUAGUGCCCUUGAGGCGUGGUGGGAGAGUCGACAGUGUCGCCCGGUCUUAGCCUGUGGUGGAAGUUGGCUACGUGUAGCUACGUCGCAGCGGUGA